AUGUGGAUUAUAUGCUUAUUUGUUACAGCAUUAGCUGAUCUGCGCACCCAUUCAUAUCAGCCAGGUGAAGAAAUCAUCUUAUGGUUUAAUAAAAUAGUCCCAUUUGAUAACCCUCAAGAAUCCUAUGCAUAUGAUAAGCUCCCAAUUUGCAAAAGGCAGAGUGAAGGAAGAAAAUACGCAUUAGGUCUUGGGGAAGCUGUAGAAGGCUAUGAGCUCUAUGACAGUGGCAUGGACAUCAAAUUUAUCCAGAACGUAAAAUCCAGGACCUACUGUUCCUCUUCUUUUAGUCGCGAUGACGUAAUUGCUUUGGUCACUGCAGUCAAGCGAAAUUUCUGGAUUCAAAUGUACCUGGACGACUUGCCAAUCUGGUCAGAAUUGGGAAAAGAAGACCACGAUAACGGUGACAUAUACAUUUUCACACAUUACACAUUAAUUCUCUCCUACAACAACUCAAAUGUAGUCCAAGCACAUAUACAGACUGAUAAUCCUGUGAGAGUUUAUUCUAAAAAGACGAAACUUGAUUUAAGUGAUGUGAGUUUGACUUAUUCUGUAUCUUGGACCCCUUCUAAUGUAGUCUUUGCGAACAGAUUUAAUUCUUACUUGGAUCCAGGAUUUUUUGAGAACAAUAUUCAUUGAUUCUCGAUCAUAAACUCGUUUGUAAUGGUCCUGGUUCUAUGUGGAGUCGUUAUAUUGAUUUUGUAUAGGACGCUCAAUAAAGACAUUGAAAGAUAUGAGAGCCAAGAAAUGGAAUCUGUCGAUCUAGCAAUUUCUACUGGAUGGAAACAAGUAGGAGGAGAUGCGUUCAGAGCUCCAGAUUAUUUAUAUUUGUUUACUGCUCUCUAUAGCACAGGAUGGCAACUUGCAACAAUGGUAGUGCUUGUGGUGAUAAUUUGCAUUAUGCAUCCUAUGUAUAGUGAAAGAGGGACUUUUACCAGUAUUGUUCUUGUCAUUUAUUCGUUCCUUGGAAUUGUAGGAGGCUUUCAGUCUGGAAGUAUCUACACUUUAUACCAAGGAAGGAGUUCAAAAGGGACGCUUAUCUUUAGUGCGCUUUGUUAUCCAGUUUUUGUGACUGUAAUCAGUAUGACUUUGAAUACUCUAGCAGUUCUAUAUUCUUCGUCUGCUGCAAUGCCUUUUGUAAGUCUUUUGGAAAUUUUGGCACUUUUUAUAUUCUUGUACCUUCCUUUAUUUGUGGUUGGGAAUACAUUAGGAACCAAUUAUAGAAAAAAGUUUCCACUCAGCCAUAAAGUUAAUAAUAUAUCAAUACCAAUCCUUAAAGAGAAACAAUGGUGGAGUGAGCCUAUCUUUUUAUGCCUUGCUGGAGGACUGUUGCCAUUUGGAAGUAUAUCUGUGGAGAUUUAUUUCAUUUUUACAUCAUUUUGGAACUAUAAAUUUUACUAUGUUUAUGAGUUUGCAUUGGUUGGGUUUUUCUUAUUUGCUUUGUCUUUGAUAUGUGUAUCUAUUGUUGUGACUUAUAUCAUUUUGAAUUCUGAAGAUUAUCGGUGGCAUUGGAUAAGCUUCCUAAGCACAGGAAGCGUGGGGAUUUAUCUUUAUUUCUACUCAUUUUACUAUUAUUUUUUCAAAACUAGAAUGUCUGGAUAUUUUCAAUUUUCAUUUUAUUUUGGCUAUACUGGCUUAGCAAGCUUUACUGUGUUUUUGAUAGCUGGAGCAAUAGGCUAUACUGGAUCGUAUUAUUUCGUAAGCAAGAUCUACAAAAAUAUUAAGUUCGAUUAA